AUGCAGUUUAAACUCUCCGCCCUUACUGCCCUCUUGGCAGCGUCCGCCUCAGUGUAUGCUGACAGUAUUAGCGGCUCAAAAGUCACAAACAUUCUAGACACCCUUACGAAAGGUGCCAGAGACCUGAACAGCAGCCUCCAGAGCACUCAGGACGCUAGCUCAACUGGCCAGACGAUUCUUAGCGGCGAACAGAAGGCCAUGGCUGAGAAGCAAGAUGCUCUUUUGUCACUUGCAGCAGAAGGUGAUCGUCGUGUCGCUCCGAAAGACCAAAGCGCCGUUUGCCAAUCCCUCCUGACCUCAACUGCCCGAUGUAGUACUUCAAGGCUGAACAGGAGCUUCUCCUCACUAUCAUUGAGAAGAGGGAGAUUAUCCAGUUUCCCCUCGGGACUGCACCCAUUGCGACCGCACUGGGCGCCGACCAGGAAAUGA